CAAGUGAUACUGUCUAACGGCAGCAAUAAGGCAGCAAUAAUAAAGUACUCUUCGCCUUCCCUCCAGACACACUUAUGUAUUGUACAAUACAUCUGUCCAAAGGCGCUUAAUACCUGACUACACUUGUAUUAGUUACCGGUUAUAUUCAGACUGUGAGAGAUAGAAUGGCCUCUGCUGAUGUGGUGGCUAUGCUGGUCUAUCUUAUUUUGUUUCUUCCGUUGAUAUUCCCUAACUUUGUGCUGUUUUCUCUUUUCUGUUUCUUCAAUCACUUUUUGGCAUUAUACGCCCAUUAUCGCCGCGAUGCUGUGCGACCACGACUUCAGGCUAGAGCGGCGCGAGAGGCCCACGGCCACGUGAGGCCCCCGCCGGACGGCCCAUCGCUACGGGGAUACCCCGCGAAACUCCCCACAUGAGGAGCGCAGCGCAACCCACAAGCUGUUGGCCGCAUGUGAACUGCCUGGUCCGCAAUUGGCAACCUCACCUGUUCCGGAAGCCUAGACGAUACCCAAGUUUCUAGCUUCAAAACUCGCCGGAUAAUCUGAACCUUCGUCGCCACUUUUACCGACCUCUCAAUAUGCCUCCGUCACCCUCCUCCGGUCUCGUGGUACGUCGCCAACCCCAGUUUCCUCCUCGACUGCUGGGUACCUUUGAGCAUCUCCAUCUUGUAGUGGACUAACGGCUUCUGCAACUAGGCCAAAAUCAAAGUCCAACUCA